GUAGUUGACAUUUGACAAUCGUACUGUCAAAUUUCAAUUUCACUAAAAUAAAUUGUCACUGAAUUAUAAUACAAAAAUUGUGAAUUGAAAAUGCCCGGAAUAAAUGAAAUUAUUACCUUAUAUGAGCAAUUAAAAACAGAAUGGAACAAUUCAAAUCCGAAUUUAAGCACCUGUGAGAAACUUCUCCAAGAAUUAAAGUUGGAAUUAACUCAUUUUGUAUUUUUACCUACUUCAAAUGCGAGCGCUACAAAACAAGAAUUAAUCGUUGCUCGAGAUGUAUUAGAAAUUGGCGUCCAAUGGAGUAUAGCCGCUCACGAUAUUCCUUCGUUUGAAAGAUACAUGGCCCAACUGAAGUGUUACUAUUUUGACUACAAAAACCAACUUCCUGAUUCCGCCUUUAAAUAUCAACUUCUCGGUUUAAAUUUAUUAUUUUUGUUAUCUCAAAAUAGAGUAGCCGAAUUUCACACGGAACUUGAAUUGUUACCUGGGGAUCAUAUACAAAGUGACAUUUAUAUCAGGCAUCCAUUAUCUAUCGAGCAGUACUUGAUGGAAGGUAGUUAUAAUAAGAUAUUCCUAGCUAAAGGCAACGUUCCCGCUGACAGUUACAACUUCUUCAUGGAUAUUUUACUGGAUACAAUUCGAGGGGAAAUUGCCGUUUGUAUGGAGAAAGCUUAUGAGAAAAUCUCCCUUAAGGAUGCGGCCCGAAUGUUAAAUCUACAAACACCGGAAGCUGUGCAAGAAUUUACAACGAAGCGCAAGUGGAAACUGGGCGUAGAUAAUUUCUUCCAUUUUGUUCCCGAAAUUAAGAAAAGCGAUGAGCCGAUUCCGUCACGAGAGUUAGCAGAGCAAGCAAUAACCUAUGCACGUGAAUUAGAAAUGAUCGUUUAAAGUCUAAGCUAUUUAUUUUGUACUAUGCUUUUUUUUGAAGAUAAAUAAAUAAAGACUUCAAACUUCUGUUUCUUAA